GUAGUAUCGUACUAACUUCCAAAAAUUUGUGUCCACUGAAACUCAAAAUCACUGCUGUGAGUGAUAACAACAAUCGUGUUGCAUCUGAAUUCUGAAGGAGAAAUCGAACCUGCGAAAGAACCAACGUUUGGUCGGAAAACGCAUAUAGUGUCAGUGUAGUGUUGCUGAAACUGACAAGAGGGUAGCUUGGAAAAGAAAGAAGACAAGAAAUGGCUCAAUCUGAUGAAAAGGGUCGGCACAAGAAGGAAGUAAUCCGUUUAGAGCGUGAAUCUGUCAUUCCGAUUAUGAAGCCUAGAAUCAUCAUGACAUUGGCCAAUCUUAUUGAGCAUAGUUCUGACCGAGCUGAGUUUUUGAAGCUCUGCAAGAGAGUGGAGUACACUAUUCGAGCUUGGUACCUUCUACAAUUUGAGGAUUUAAUGCAACUCUACUCCCUCUUUGACCCUGUACAUGGGGCGCAAAAGUUGGAACAGCAAAAGCUAGCUCCUGAGGAAAUUGAUGUGCUUGAACAGAACUUCUUGACAUACCUAUUUCAGGUCAUGGAAAAGAGCAACUUCAAGGUAGUGACUGAUGAUGAGGUUGAAGUUGCGCAUUCAGGCCAAUAUCUUCUGAAUCUUCCCAUUACUGUUGAUGAGUCUAAGCUUGACAAGACACUUUUGAAGAAAUAUUUUGAAGAGCAUCAUCACGAGAACCUUCCAGAUUUCUCUGAUAAGUAUGUUAUCUUUCGUCGUGGCAUUGGAAUUGAUCGAACAACUGACUACUUUGUCAUGGAGAAAGUGGACAUGCUCAUUGGACGUUUAUGGGCAUAUCUGUUAAGACUAACUAGGUUGGAGAAGCUUUUAUCCAGAAGGUCAAAAAAGGGUAAUAAGAAAGAUCCAAAUGACAAUGAAAUUAACUCUGAAACAAACGGGGACGAAUUUUAUGUUGAACGGAUACGUCUUGAAAAUAUGCAACUAAGCUUCCAUAAUUUGAUCGGCAAGACAUUGAUCCAAGAACCGACAUUUGAUCGGAUAAUUGUUGUUUACAGGAGAGCUAGCGCCAAAUCAAAAGCAGAACGAGGAAUAUUUGUAAAGCAUUUCAAAAACAUUCCAAUGGCUGAUAUGGAAAUAGUUCUUCCAGAAAAGAAAAACCCUGGAUUAACUCCAAUGGACUGGGUUAAGUUUCUUGGGUCAGCAAUAGUUGGGCUGGUUGCUGUAGUUAGUUCACUUGAAAUGCCCACAGCUGAUUGGUGGGUGAUCUUUGCUGUUGUGUCCACAGUAAUUGGUUAUUGUGCUAAGACAUACUUCACGUUCCAAGCAAACUUGGCUCAAUACCAAAAUUUGAUUACACAAUCAAUGUAUGACAAACAACUGGACAGCGGAAAGGGUACACUUCUCCAUUUGUGUGAUGAUGUCAUUCAACAGGAAGUCAAAGAGGUAAUACUUUCAUUCUUUAUUCUGAUGGAACAAGGCAAAGCUACAAGACAGGAUCUUGACCAAUGGUGUGAGGAACUAAUCAAAGAAGAGUUUGGGGAGGAAUGUAAUUUUGAUGUGGAUGAUGCAGUUCAUAAAUUAGAGAAAUUUGGAAUUGUUAGUCGGGAUUCUAUUGGCCGGUAUCAAUGUGUUGGGCUGAAACGAGCUAACGAGAUCAUUGGCACCACCACUGAAGAGCUUGUCCUCAAGGCAAGGCAGGGAAACAUUAAUCCUUGACUGUGUUUUCACAACAUGUUUAUCUGUCUCAUGUACAUGUUAGUGUUGGUUGAUAAUGAUGAUCCUGAAAUUGCUUGAGGUUAGAAUUUUUCUUUAAACAAUCUUAUAUCAAAGUCUAAUCUCUUAGAUGGAAGUAGUUAAAUUUCUUCGUUCUGUUUAUUUACUUCUGUAUUUCUCUUUAUUAUCUUCUGUAUUUUUCAUGUAAGUCUAUGUCAAUGUGUUCUCUGCCUUUUUUUUUUUGAAUACUUCAUAUGUUAAUAAAACCUAGUCCCUGAUUCUGAAGCA